CGACCCCGUUACGCUCAAGAUGAAAGGCUGGGGUUGGCUGGCCCUGCUUCUGGGGGCUCUGCUGGGAACUGGCUGGGCUCGGAGGAGCCAGGAUCUACACUGUGGAGCUUGCAGGGCUCUGGUGGAUGAACUGGAGUGGGAAAUUGCCCAGGUAGAUCCCAAGAAGACCAUUCAGAUGGGAUCUUUCCGGAUCAAUCCAGAUGGCAGCCAAUCAGUGGUGGAGGUGCCUUAUGCCCGCUCAGAGGCCCACCUCACAGAGCUGCUAGAAGAGGUAUGUGACCGAAUGAAAGAAUAUGGGGAACAGAUUGAUCCUUCCACUCACCGCAAGAACUAUGUACGUGUAGUGAGCCGGAGUGGAGAAUCCAGUGAGCUGGACCUACAGGGCAUCCGAAUUGAUUCAGACAUCAGUGGCACUCUCAAGUUUGCGUGUGAGAGCAUUGUGGAAGAAUAUGAGGAUGAACUUAUUGAAUUCUUUUCCCGAGAGGCUGACAAUGUUAAAGACAAACUUUGCAGUAAACGAACAGAUUUAUGCGACCAUGCCCUGCACAUAUCUCAUGAUGAGUUAUGAAUCACUGGAGCAACCUAGAUGGACAGGCUUGAUGGAUCACCCCCAGGAGGGGAAGAGGGUGGCAAUGCCUUUUAUAUUAUGUUUUUACUGAAAUGAACUGGAAAAAUAAGGAACUAAAAGUA